CAUGGUUCCUGUAACGUCACAGGUCGUUUAGCUGGACAGGAAGCAGCCUUGUUUUAAACUCAUGCAACAUGUUUUAGAACUUUGACAUUUAAACAAAUUAGCGCUAUGGACAAAGAUGUUUUGUCUGAUUUGUUCCAGCGAUAUUUUUUAAGUUGCCGACGUCUUUCGUCACUGCCAUGGAAGGAACUUCAGGAAUUACUUCAAUCAGAGCCCUCCUUUGUGCUGACAAUUUUACAAAAGACCUUUUUUCAUCCUUUGUGCCAAAAAUACCCACCAGCACUGCGGUACAGAAGACUUUUCUUGUCAGAGUUGAUAAAAAAGCAUGAAUCUACUGGAGCUGAUCCUCCGGAUGUGUUGUAUGAUGCAUUUGCUGAUGUACUAAACACAGAUGAGGAUACCAUGUGUCAUAAAACCUAUUUUCUACCCUCUGGGGAAACUGUUACACUCUCAGAAAAUGUAGCAUUUGUCUCAGAAGGAACAACAGGCCUGGUGACUUGGGAGGCAGCUCUUACAUUGGCAGAAUGGUCUAUUGCACACAUGGAUAUAUUCAAAAACCGAACUAUUUUAGAGCUGGGAAGUGGUGUUGGCCUCACUGGAAUUGCAGUAUGCAAGAGCUGUAUUCCAAAGAAAUAUGUAUUUAGUGACUGUCACCAUCGAGUUUUGAAACAACUAACCGAGAACAUCUGUUUGAAUGGCUUCCAACUAAGUGAAGAACAAAAGUCCCAAUCUAAAGAGCAAUUCCUUUCAGAUACUGAACAUGGGAAAUCUGCAGACAAUGUUAAAAUAUCAGUUAUCGAUCUUCAUUGGGAAUCGGUUACAGAAAAACAAUUUUUACACAUCCAAACUGAUGUGGAUGUGGUUAUUGCGUCAGAUGUGAUUUAUGAUCCAGAGAUAAUUAUAUCUUUAUCCAAAUUCUUAAACAAAUUGUUCAUGUGCAUGAAAAAUGGAAGGGUUCUGGAAGUGUUUAUAGCGUCUACAAUUCGAAAUCCUGAAACAUAUAGUUUUUUUAAAACCUCCCUUGAUGAACAUGGUCUGAGUUGGGAAGUAGUUCUUGGUCAUGAGAAGACUUCAUUAUCACAAGAUUCAAACUACUGUGUAGAAAUCUUGAAAAUCACAUCAGUUGUAAAAUGAUUAUGAUUUGUUAAUGAUAUAUUAAAGUGUUUUAAUAAUG